AUGUGGGGCUACCCUCUAUGGGUCUUGCCGCCAGAGUCGGUACUCUGUAAUUUAAAAAACGAUUUUUUAUGGGAUCUCCCUGUUGGCCCUACAGGACUUUGCCAGCUCAAUUCGAGCUGUUUUGUAAAGCGUAGCUCUGGCAAAAAUGAGCUUUUCCUACGACUAGUAGAAGUGCGUCUCCUGCAAGAACUGGACCUCGGUUUGGGCCGUCGUCAAUCUCCUGGCAGGACGGAAGCUCCUAGUGAGAUCCAAGAACGAAGUAAGGGACCUCGCCUUCACGUUGAAGGCGGUCUUUUGCUCUAG